CGCGCCUGCGCGGAGCGCAGCGGCGUCAUGGCGGUGCCGGGCGGAGGUGCGAAGGACGACACAUUCAGCGUGCUGGACCUGGCGGAGUACACCAAGAACCGGCCCUGGUGGCGCAAGAUCUUCGCCCCCAACUCGGGGUCGAGCGCUGAGAAAUACAAUGUGGCCACGCAGCUGGUGAUCGGAGGGGUCACGGGAUGGUGUACUGGAUUCAUCUUCCAGAAAGUUGGAAAGCUGGCAGCGACAGCAGUGGGAGGAGGCUUCUUCCUACUCCAGAUUGCAAACCACACGGGAUACAUCAAGGUGGACUGGAAUCUAGUACAACGGGACAUGGACAAAGCCAAGCAGCAGCUGAAAUUUCACAGCAGUGGUAAUAAAAUACAUCCAGAAGUGAAAAGCAGAGUGGAUGAGGUGAUCAUAUUUCUGAAGAAGAAUGUUAUCCUGACUGGAGGGUUUGCUGGAGGAUUCAUGCUUGGAAUGGCGUCCUAGAAGCUGCACUCCUCUCAUGCCCAGCCUCCCCUCCCCUCCUCUACUGCUGUUAUCUUUCACUUAGGAGUCAAAGGAUGUUGCCAGCAGACUCAGUCCCAUCUACUCACAGGUUCCAGCUCUUAUUUCUUACAACACUGCUUCUGAUUUCCACCUUUUUCUUCUCUCUGGGCUGUUAAUGUGCUGGGGUUGGUCUGGAAGCUUACAACUCCCAGUGUAUCAUGAUUUCCCACCAAAUAUGCCCAGUCUCAAAUUUUCAGAUGAGUUUCAAGUUCAUAAAAAUGUAGUGGCAGGGAAACCUCUUAAAUGUGCUUCUUCCAGGUGCUCAGGACUGUUACGUGUACCUUUGUCUGCCAGUAUCUGUGUCAAACAGCUCUUCACCACAGUUUAGCUUUCAGUAUUCCUGCCCUGGUACCUGGAAAACCUCUGCUUCCCACUGCACAAAGGUGGUCUGUGCAAUCCAAAAUGUGGUUGACUGUCCUGGGGUGGAUGCAGAAGUGUCAAAGGACAGCUUCAGCUAUGUCCAGGACAGGGGAAUACGGAUUUUCCUGCCCUCCCCAUGCUGUUGCACUACACAUAGAUGGCCAUUUGGCUUUGUCUCUGCUGGUAUCCUUCCCCAUACUGGAAUUGCAGCACUGGCACUGCUGAUGGAAACUGAGGCUGACUCUCCAGGCCCUUUCCUCAUCAUGUGUUCUGAAAGUCACCAAGUUCUGUGCUGUAGAGGCACCUGACUGCUCAGCCUUUGAGGCUCUCUCCUGCUUCCAGCAGGCCCAGCCUGGCUGUGCCAGACGGGGGCAUUUCAGCUGUGCCACUUACUGUAAAUCACUCUGGGCCUCUGACCGGGGUUUCCACGUGUGCCACGACCUUUCUCUGGUUGCUUUGGUGUUGGUGAUGCUCUUUGAGCUGGAUCACCAGCAUCGUGGUGAUCCUGUCACCACGUGGGACAGGAUUGUAGACAGGAAAUGUGUCCCUGCUUAGGCUGCUCUGUACUGCUCCAGGUCCCUUUUGCCAGCUGUACUGGAGAAAGGGGGAUGAUGUGAAAUAUGGAGUGCAGUCCUUUACCUGCCUCUGAGGAGCACAGAUUCCUUCUCGCUGGUCUCUGGAAGCAACUGAAAUGACAAAACUUUCAUGAAAACCAGACCGUGCUCUCCUGAGAGCGGUUCAUUUGCAUGUUUCUGCCUCAGUUACGUUCCUUCCUUCUUUGUGUUUGCCAUUUCCACAAGAAAAGCUGUUUGCUUAAUUCCAUCAGCUGCAGCCCUUCUCCUGCAGGAGAUGAGGCAGCCCAAGUGCAGAGCUCAGCUGUUUUUGGACAUUUGACUCAGCACAGUUGUGUGCAGUACAAACAUCCCCCAGAGGUAUUCUGUGAGUGUAGAGACUUGCCUGGCAACGUGGUGAUGUCCUGCAGCAGGUAUAGGUAGGAGUUCUUGCCCAGAAUGUGGGGUUUUAUGUGAAAGUCAGCUCACCAUUCAAUGGGAAACGUGGUAGGGAACAGUGACACUCGUGGGUGGGUGGUUUGUUGCACCCCAUUUCCAGUACAGUGCAAGGGCUUUGUGAUCUGCUGCUCUCUAUGGCUGGAAAGGGGAUCUUCCCCCUCAGAGCUGCUGGCAGAGCUGAAAUGGUGGGUUUGGAAUGAGCACUUGCAGUUGUUAAUUUUGUUUCAGCACUGUUGAUUGAAGUGUCUGUAGCACCACAUUAAGAGAAGGUUUUCUCACCUUCAGGAUCUGAAAAGAGGCUGCAGGUAAUCUAGAGAUAGAAGUUGCCGUCUUUGCUCCAUAAAUGGCAAAGGAGAAUGAAGGAGCAGCUGGGCUCACAUCCUUUUAACAAUGGCCUUUCUAAAAGCCAUCCUGGCCUGCAGGAGUGAUGGCAUGCAGCAAAUAGGUCUUCAAUAAAUGGGCGUUUAGCGGUAGAGUGACAGAUGGUGGUGGGGUUUUUUGGGAUUUGGUUUGUUUUUCUGUAGGAUCUGCAGACGUGAACAUGCGUAAAUUGAUCCAUUGGUCUUGCAGGGUAUCUCUUUGUUCCUGUAGGACGACAGCAUUGCUGCUCUUUGGCUGGGUGGGCUGCAGAACACAAGUUCUUCUGGGAUGCACUGAUCUCCACAAAGCUGUCUCCAACGACAAAGCUCAAAGCAAAUCAUUAACAGACCUUAGGGAUGUUUUCCAGGUUAAGUCACUACUUCUGCCCAGUGAGUUCUGUUCAAGUCCCAGUUUGCUGCUAAGGAGGGAAGUGGCCCAGAGAGGAAGCUAAAAUGCUUGUAUUGCUGCUGAAAGGGGAAACAGUUAACAGAUUUAUGCUGACUUUGAUGUGAAUGUAGGCAGGGAAUGGACAAGGACAUCAGUAUGUGGCAAAUCUCUCUGCUGUGCUGGUGUUGGGCUUGUGGCUGGCUCUGUUUGAAGCUGUGGGUCAACACUGGAAGCUUUGAUGUUCAAUCACUCUCUGUGGGGAUGCAUUCUCAUUGCUGCAGGUGCCAAGAUGAAGUGUCCCCCUCCCCACUCCUGCUCCUUUUAGUCUUGUUUCAACAACUUCUGACAUCUGUUACACUAUGAGAUUUCAAACACAUUAGGCUUUAAAAGUGGUUUUAUAUAUUGUAUGUAAAUGCUUGUUGAAGUGGUAUUUUAUUAAACAGUUUUGCUCUAAA